GUUAUUAGCUUUAAUUUCUUCCCUCAAGUGAUUUAAUCAUCAUUUGAACUUCCAAAAUUUAGGGGCUUCCUCUUUCUUACGGAAUUAGGGUUCAGGGUUUAACCACAUUAUUCUAGACUGCAGAUCUUGUGUACCUGGAAACAACGAAGAAAUCACCUACAACAUCGAUCAUCGAGUCAGCUUUGGUGUCACUUCCGUCUUAUAUUUAAUUAACCAGAGCUUAAAAUAUAAAGAUUUCGAAAGAUUAUAAGGGAUGACAAUCUAUUAAAAAAACUACCAGUACCUCUAUUUAAUUCAAGCUAUGUAACUGGUUAACUUCACCAGAUAAGAAAGUCUAAAAGAAGAAAAUCAUGGAGUCCGUCACCGUCCACCCAACCAUGCCCAGCAACAAAGACAAUAAUCUUCAUAUUGCCAUGUUUCCAUGGCUAGCCUUUGGCCAUAUGAUCCCAUACCUCGAACUCGCCAAGCUGAUCGCCGGUAAAGGCCACCAAAUUUCAUUCAUCUCCACCCCAAGAAACAUCGACCGCCUCCCACCACUCCCGCCUAAACUCUCCACCCUAAUCACCUUCGUGAAGCUUCCACUGCCCGAGAAUCCGAACCUUCCAGAAGGCGCCGAGGCCACCUCCGACUUACCCGAAGACCAGGUCGCGCAUCUUAAGAUAGCCUACGAUUCUUUCAAGGAACCGAUUACCCAAUUCCUCAAAUCUUCAAACCCGGAUUGGCUUCUCUACGAUUUCGCGCCUUACUGGCUACCGGAGAUAACCCGAAAUCUCGGAAUCCCUACUGCCUUCUUCAGUAUUUUUCUCGCUGCCUGCGUCGUUUUCUUAGGGCCCACCUCGUCGGAAGUACCUUGUGACGAUCGCAAGUUACCGGAUGAUUACACUGUCUCUCCCAAAUGGGUCCCUUUUCCAGCCACCGUGGCGUUUCGGCUGUUCGAGGUGCUUCGGCUCUAUAAACGAAUAACCGGAGACGAAGCCAACGUUUCGGACAUUUAUCGGUUCAUGGAGACGGCGCGAGGCUGUGACGUCAUUGCUGUGAGGAGCUGUGCCGAGUUCGAGCCGGAAUGGUUGAACCUUCUAGGAGUUGUACAUGGAAAACCGGUCGUACCUGUUGGUCUACUUUCGACUACGGCUAACAACGAGGAGAAUGAUACGUGGUGGUCAAUAAAGGACUGGUUAGACCGGCAGAGCAAAAACAGGGUUGUGUAUGUUGCAUUCGGAACGGAAGCGAUGCCGAGUCAAGAGGAAGUGACGGAAAUAGCCCUAGGUUUGGAGAAGUCCGGUUUGCCCUUCUUUUGGGUGCUGAGAACCAAACAUGGCGAGGAUGCGGUAAAGUUGCCGGAGGGUUUUGAGGAGAGAAAUGAAGGGCGGGGAGUGGUGUGCAGGAGUUGGGUCCCACAGCUGAAGAUACUGGCGCACGACUCGUUCGGUGUGUUUCUGAGUCACUCGGGUUGGAGUUCGGUGGUGGAGGCAUUAACAUUUGGAAGACCGCUGGUGUUGUUGCCUAUGUCGAAUGACCAAGGACUGAAUGCGAGGUAUUUCGGGGAGAAGAAGGUCGGGUAUGAGUUGCCGAGGGACGAGCAAGACGGAUUGUUUACUAGUGAGGCGGUGGCGGAGUCGCUGAGGAUGGUGAUAGAGAAGGAGGAGGGUAGGGUUUAUAGGGAGAAGGCCAAGGAGUUGAAGGCGUUGUUUGGAGACAGGAAGAGGCAAAAUGUGUACGUGGACAAGUUUUUGGAGUACCUCACAACUCACAAAGGAUGUCGUUAAUUAUUUGUCAAGGGGCGGCUGGGGCGCAUUUGCAUGGUUAAAGCCCAAUUGCAUGCUUUAAAAAAAAUAAA